UGGCGGAGAGGAAAUUCAGAGCCCUAUCUUUGUCAGUGUCAGCGUCGCCUUGAAGACAAAGAAGAGCACAGCAAAUGAAGAUAUGCUCCAAUAGCAGGAGAAGCCAGUCUUAAAGUCACUAUUUCUGCAGCCGUGCCCCGCCUGGAGGCAGACAGGCACCGGUCCUAGGAGACUCUUCGGGGAUGCGCAAAGAUGUGAGAGCAAAGAGCGAGAGGCGCUGUGAUUGGCCGCACUCCUUCUAAAAGCAUCAGGCACGGCGAGUCAUGUUUGCUCCAGCCAGAGCAUCAACGAGGUGGCAUCAAACUUGAGGGAGACGUGUUCUCGGUGUGCACAGUCGAUGCGUUCACAGCGUCAACCAUUAACUUGCAUCAUUCCCCCAAAGAGGCGGACGCGCUCUCCGUGGUGCUGAAACAGAACAGACUUGGCUGAUCAACUAGUGAAGAGGAGGACGCUCUCACUGAGCUCUCUGAGCUUCGUGCUAUUUGCCAGCUUCAGCAAGAACUUAUUACAUUUAGCGGCUGACUGUAGCGCAUCAUGCUGUGGAUGAAGUGGAAGAUGGUGGUGGACUCCCUGCGAGGACGGAGGAGGAGGCUGCCCUGUUCCCUCUGGUUCCUCCUGCUGUUCGCUGCUGGCGGUUUGGUUCUCUUCAUCCACCAGCGGGAUCUGUCAGAGAUGGUCCAGCAACAAGGCCCAGUUUCAGACACAGCCACAGAGAGUGGAGCAACGGCAGGUUCCUCACCAUCUUCUGAUAAUGUUGCUGAGGACAUAAGACAAGUUUCAGAAAGUGCCAAAGAGAGUGAAGAAGUGGCAGGUUCCUCGACAUCGACUGAUAAUGAUACUAAGGACGUGACAGAAGGCGUGAAGCUUGGAAGCACUCCGCGGCAGUCCAGAGAGACUCUUUCUACGCAGGACAGAGAGAGAGACAAACCUGAAAACAAUCAGGAUGGCCGAGCAGCAGAAGGAAUCCUGUCCAGCCCAAUCCCUCCAAUGCAGUUUCCACACUUUGAGGAGAGUAGACAGACGGCCACCCCUGGGUCUCGGGAGCAGAAUAAACAAACGCCCACCCCUGGGUCUCGGGAGCAGGACAUAACCUCCCUUCAUGUCUCCAAAAGACAACGCAAACUGCUGAAAACAAGUCCCCCAGUCCAUCACGCCCCCAAACGUGAUUCCUCAUCAUCCUCUACUUCCUCAUCCUCUUCUUCCUCCUCCUCCUCCUCCUCCCCCUCUGCCUCUGGCUCUCUCACCCUUGAUAAAUGGAAAAAGCUAGCCGAUAUUCAAGGAGCACGCCGGCAACUGAUGAAGGAGAUGUGUGCCAAGUACAAAAGCAGCAUCUCGAAAACCAUCACAGCUCAUCACGUGAGAAACCUCUUUGUGGAGGACAAGUACAAGUUGUUGUACUGCCAGGUGCCCAAAGCAGGCUGUUCCAACUGGAAGAGGACCCUGAUGGUGCUGAGCGGAAAAGCCUCCGAUGCUCAGAGCAUUCAACAUGACACAGUCCACAAUGGCCACCAUCUCAGGGAGCUUAACAGCUACGACCGACAGGGAAUCAUGCACCGUCUGGAGACCUACACCAAAAUCAUAUUUGUCCGAGAGCCCAUGGAGAGAAUGGUGUCAGCUUACCGGGACAAGUUUGAAAAUCCCAACAACUACUACCACUCCCUGUUUGGGAAACCCAUCAUCUCCAGAUACAGGACGAACCCAUCCACAGAAGCCCUGAGGACAGGCAAUGGGGUAACAUUCAAGGAGUUUGUCCAGUACCUGCUGGAUGUCCAUCGGCCUGUGGGAAUGGACAUCCACUGGGAUCAGGCGAACCAGCUCUGCAACCCAUGUCUCAUAAACUAUGACUUCAUCGGCAAGUUUGAGAACAUGGAGGAGGAGUCCAACUUUCUCUUGCGAUUGACUGGGGCGCCACCCAACGUCAAGCUGCCUAGUUUUAAAGAUAGGAACCCAUCUGACCAGAGAACUUCUACGGAUAUCACAGAAAAAUACUUUUCACAGGUCACCCCGUUGGAGAGACAGCGAAUCUACGACUUCUACUACACAGACUAUCUGAUGUUUAACUACACCAAGCCUUUUAAAGAUUUAUACUGACUGACUCCUAUCAGCUCUUGAUUCACAGUCACAUUCCAUGUCCACAUAUCUACCAUGAUAAUAAUUUUAACAUAAAGAGGCUAACUCACAUGCUGACGUGGAUCUUUGCAUCUACAGAGACAUCAGAGAGACUAAACUUCCUCUGAAUUUUGCUUUACAUCUACAGCUCUACCAGAUUACCUUCAUUUUCAGACAAUGACUUCAAACUACGAGAUGAAAAGGUUCAUGUGAUUUUAACUACUCUAAAUUGUCCUGAAAUGGAAGUUAUGUAUUCACUACUAGCACACGGUGAGGUAGAAUAUUCAAAUUAUAAAUGUUUUGCUUCUAAAAAAAAGUUUAUUAUUGUUCAACAGGCUUUAAAUUAUGCCUUACUGUGAGUCAAAUAGGAUCUGCAAAUAUGUUUUAUGGUUUGUUUCAAUGUAGGCGCCACAUGAGUGCAAUUUAAUAUACGAUCUAAUCACAUUCCCAUAGUCAGAACUGAUUUCAGUAUACAAAACAGUAUGUUACUGAGCCACUAUCACCCACUUUCGGAAUAAUGAUACCACGGUCCUUGGUUGAGCUCAGAUAAAGAUCAAGUAAUGAUCACCACCAUGCACUCCAUGUGUUCAUUUGGAAUCUGUGCAUUAGAAUAUGUAAGGGAUAAUGCCCGACGAUGUCUCCAUUAUCAGUUCUUAAUGGCGGAUGUGGAGGCGUGAACCGACCAACCGAUGCAUAGCCUCUGCUUAUACCAUGAUCACUUACCAAAGAACUACAAAGUAAGAAUAUUUAUUUAUAUUUUUAUGCUUUUUGCAGUCAAAAUCUUUUUCACAAGCCAUAACUUGUUUCCAUGGUAACACCUAAGGGUUUAACUUAUACCUGGAACAACCAUUACCACCCCAUAAGGUCCUUAUGCAAGGUUCUUAUUAUCCAUUAAAUAGGACAAACCUUAGAUAUGACUUAUCAAAGGGGGGCCAUUUCUAAUCUGCUCAGCUCAUAGAACCAUUUGGCUCAGCUAUAAGCUAGAAAACUAACGUUACACAAGCAAGUUUCAACCUCAGUAACAUUGAGUACAGUUUGAAAACAGUAAAUAUAAUUUCAAAGUAUGUUUAACAACAACACCAGCUAGCUAUCCAGCCACGUCAUUCUCUACAAGUCAAUAUCUAGAUGUUCACGAACAAUACACCAGGUGUAACGUUGCUGCCGGCUGCAGCCUAAGGUUGCAAUUUGAAUAGCGAAUGGGAUGUGAAAUGAUUGCUUAAAUUCAGAGGGGCAGUAUAGUACACGCAGUGUGUGUUACAGUCUCAAUCCCGUGGUGUUCAGAGGAUGCAGCACUGAUGGACUACACUCAGUGUUGGAAAUUGAUUGUAAACAGAGGCUAUGACUGCAUCCCUUACUCAUUAGAUACAGGCUAACAUUAUUUAGUCAGUGCGUUAACUUUGUAGUGUCCAUUAUCAAAUUUCAAUACCCUGCAGCCGAUCAGAAUUGAGUAGUCAGACCAUGGUGUAAUAAUUAUUAAUUUGAAAUAUUUGCAUUUACUAUUUGACUUACAGCAAGUUAGGCAUCAGUAUACCUCUAUGUAUCAGUACAUACUAAUACAGAUAUUUCAUGUAAGUGGUUUUACUAAACAUAAACCGUAAUGAAAUUAUAAUACUAUAAAUAGUAUGAAUCUUUAAAAUGUGUCAAGUACUGCCCACUCAGAAGCUGUGUGCACCUACUGUAGCAUUUUUGUACUUCUAACUUUGUCGGCUAGGUUUUUGCUUUAGUCUAACACAUACAUGUGCUGUAGGUCCCCCCCAUCACUUGAGGUAUUUACUUGGGUGGCUGUUGCUGUUAAAUGCACGACAUUCAAAUAUUUGCUGGGUGUGAAGUGUUGCUGCCAAUAUCUCCUGACGCCUGUUAGUGUUCCAGAUAGGGAUGUCCUGAUCAAGUUUUUUUGCCCGAGCCCAGUCCGAGUCAUUCAGUGUUGAGUCCCAGUCCGAUACCUCUAUUCUCUUAGAUAAUACAGCUGCACAGUGCACUCCUCAAGUACUUUAAAGUUAUUAAAAUCAAUCCAAUUGUUGUGCUUGACAAUUGAAUAGCUAUAUAUACUUUCCCUUUACGAAAGUAUUCUCCAGUGUUUGCUGCUUAAGUGCAGCCGUUGUUAGCCGUCAUGAAUGUGUAUAUUUGUGGCGUCUAUACAUCUUUUGUGUGGAUUACGUUAAUAAAUUAGUAAUUGGGGUUUUUUAGGGGUUUUUUGCCCGUGGCAUUGUGUAGGGGCAUGGUGAGUGUGGUUGUUUCCAUCUCUCCACUCACAGAAAACAUGCUGCACUGUAGAUAACAGCAAAAUGCAAGAGACGCUCACACUGAGCUGCAAUUAAACGAGGGCUCAUAGCUUAGAUAAAUAACAUCAAUGGACAGUCUCAUACAGUAUUUCACCGUUAUUUAUGGUUUGUGGUGUUUUGCGGCAGCUGGAUGCAGAGUGGAAGAGAGACAGACGGCUGUAGCCAUUGCGUCACUGUGAAACCUUUGCCUGUAAAGACACCGGUGUGACAGUUGAUGUUAAACAAAGAAUUGGAUCAGGCUCUGUACAGCUCAGUAUAGCCAAUCCCGAACAGUUAAAAAAUGCCAUUAUCGGCCCAGAUACCGAUCUUUGAGACUGGAUCAGGACAUCCCUAGUUCUGGAUUUACUAGUCAUUCAGUUUCUAGGCUUUGUUGACAGAGCUGGCAAGCAAAUGGGUAAAAGUCAACAUUGCAAAUAAAAAACAACAACAAUGUUUCGACUUGGCUUGAUGGCAGUCAAAAAAUGUGUGAUUUGGACAUUUUUAGAGGUUGAGACAAAGACAAGAGUGUUCCCAGUCUCCUCCAUCUUUCACACUAAACACCUCCUGAACAGCUAUCACUUACAGAUCUCACAGCGUCAGUAACUCCAUACCCUCUGUAUGUAUCACAUCUAUUCUACACCACCAUAUAGGCUUUUUUCUGACACUACUGUGUACAGUUGUAUAAUGGGCAUUCAGAUGACUAUAUAUUUUUCUAUAUAUUUCUAAAAUAUAUAUAUUCAGUGCUUAUGGUGACGGUAUGUUUAUUUUCUUUUUGAUGUCAUUUGUUGUUCUUUCAGUAAUACCAGUGUAGAGUUGUUGUGUAACAGAAGAGUUUCUUUCCAAAAUAAAAUAUCCACCAGCUGAAAACCACAAGUCUAACUCCCAAGAAGCUAACGACUGCAGACAUUUGCGGUGCCAUUUGAAGUGCAGAAGAUAUCUUGCAUUUGAUAUAUGAACUGGUACCACUUGGUGCUUUGAAGGUAGCUGAGGACUUUUUUUUUUAAUGAAAAUGGAUAUAAACACUUUUGGAAAUUAGCUCUUUAAUUACUUAUCUCAGAUCUGUUUCUCUCAAUAUGAUAAUAGACCCUGUACAGAUGAGCUGCAUUCCACCUAGUUACCCAUCCUGGCUAAUAACAUUUUUACCCACAGCAAAUCCAGUGUGUGUGUGUGUGUGUGUGUGUGUGUGUGUGUGUGUGUGUCUGUGUGUGUGUGUGUCUGUGUGUGUGUGUGUGUGUGUGUGUGUGUGUGUGUGUGUGUGUGUGUGUGUGUGCGUGCGUGCGUGCAUGUAUAUGUGUGUGUGGCUCAGAGAGAGCUGUUAAGAUGUGUUAGUCUUUUUUCCUUCAACUUUUAGAAACGUGUACACACACACACACACACACACACACUGCUAAAAGACACAAAUUGAGGUACAGGUACAGUAUCCUGUGUGUCACAUUAUUAUACUGCUAUAUUCCCAACACACCACCCAGCUGGCACUAAACUAUUACCUGAUGCAGGCCAGAUCACAUUAACAAUGUGCACUAGUGGAAACUGCACCGAGACUAGCAAUUCUUGGGUCCUGAGCGUUCAAACCUUUUUUUUUUUUUAAAUUAGGGUUCUAUUACAAUCCUUUAUAAGAUUGAAUGUGUCCAAGAAACAAGAAGAUUUAUUACGAGGAGAAAAGGAACAGAACCAUUCACCAGAUAAUCACUGUAAAUCUCCAAGAUUACAUUGACUAAAUGAGAUGUCAGCCAAGGUUUCUCCAAAUGAAAGUUGAGUCUAAAUCUUCUUGGUUUACAGUUUAAGCUUACUGUGCAGUGAGUGCAAUGAAGACGUGACUACACAUGAUAAACAUGACCCCAAAAUAAAAGAUGCAAAUGAAGACAUGUGAGAGUUACAUUUCCACAGAAAUACCUUAAAUAAACGAAGUAUUUAUUUAUUUACAACCUAUUGCUAGUUUCCUGUAAAGUAGCGGUCACAAUUCAGCUACAUGCUUUACAGCUCACUGGAAAUGUGUUUUAUGUAACAAAAUACUUUAAAGAGAUGUAUUUGCCUAUGAGUAAGGGGAAAUUUAUAUUAUUUAAAUCUAUACACACUAUAACUUUUGAGGACCUUUAAUGAUUUGGUGGUAGUACCCUUUCACCGUGAUGGUAAUUGUAUGAACUUUUGUCAGUAUACUGUGUUGGCUUUUGCAAAUCCAAAAAUCUAAUCUUUGUUUAGGUUGUGGUCAGAUUCGAUGUAGGUAUAGCCAAUAUCUGGCCAAACAGCUAUUGCAUUAUGAUGAGUAUUACUCCUGCAAAUUCUCUGUCCGUUCCUGCCCCCCGACCCCCGCUAAUAAAGUCUUUUUGAUAUGUGGGUGUAUGGACAGAUUUAUCAAAAGCGUAAUUACAAUAACAAGUGAAUGUAUAACUGUUUAUUGUUGGUGCAGAAGUGUAUAAAAUAUGAUCUUAAGCCCUUUGCCUUAUUUUACACUGCCAAUCAAAUGGUGUAUUUCAGGAAGACAUUCUUCAGGAGGUUAUUAUUUCUGGCUGAUGAGUGUCUACUAAUAAACUGUCUUUAGCAU